UGCCGCCAAAACAAUUCACCUGAAAGUCCCGCCCUCUCUUGCCAAUAACGCUCAUUUGGAGAAGCCCGCUGCGAGAGUUUCGUCGCAACUGAGUACGAGGUUAUAAUACAACUCACUACAUCAGCCCGCAUGAGGAACGUGGAGUGCUUUACCAGAACAGAACAAGGAAGCAACAUGUGCUGACAACAAUAACUCGCCUAAACUCCGGAAAGAGCCAAGAAAGCGAAACCACUGUCAGGGUAGCCGAUAUUCCCGAAUCAUUAACACAAUUUCAUAGACGAUGGAAAGAGAGGUGAGCGCCGGAGUCCACUUCCUGAAGCGCAUGGCAAUGGAGCGUGGCAAGCUGGACGCGGAUGAAGCAGAGGUGUUCGCUGGGAAGCUGCAGCGACAGCUCUGUGAUAAAUACAGUGGCCAUUGGUACAAGAACUGCCCGAGCAAAGGACAGGCCUACAGAUGCAUCCAGAUCAUCAACGGGCUGGUCUGUGAUGACGUGCUGCUGAAGGCCUGCCGAGAAAGCCACCUCACUCCCGCCCAGCUGGGCCUCCCGCGCGAGCUCACGCUGUGGAUUGACCCCCUGGAGGUGUGUGCCCGGUCUGGGGAGAACUGCAGGCCGUUCACCGUGGCUCGCUUCCAGGAGGAGGAGGAGCAAGGACCAGCCGUUGGGAGAGGAGAGGAGGAGCUGAAGGGGGAAGGACAGGACGCACGAGGCCUCGACACCUCCGACUACCACUCCGCCUCCUCCUCCGACUGCGGCUCCACCGCCUCCAGCGACACGGAGGAGGAGGCCAAGGAGCCCGCGGAGGCCCAGGAGGCGCGGCAGACGGAGGGGGAGGAGAAGGGAGACCAGGAGGAAGCGGUGCAAGAAGAGCCGUAUGUGAUCGUCAUGGUGCCCCGCAGUAGAGAUAGGCUGAAGCAGCAGUCCAGAGACGUACCAAAGAAGACCAAGUUCGCCAGGAACCUGAUGCCUGCUGCUACCCUGCAGUACUUUUACCAACCUGCUCCUGCGUGGCCGCGGUUCGAGAAGAGCGCCCCCGUGUUCCUCACUCCAGUGUGCGCCCCCCUGCCUCCGCCACCACCGGUGUUUGGAUACUAUUUCCUGCCCCAGCCGCCUCCACCCUUUAUCGUUCCCCAGCUCCAGCCUAUAGGCGCCAGGUGAAAGGGCGGUUAACAAAAAGGUGGACUUAGUGAGUUGAAACAGCCAAGACACGCACAGGCCUGAAAUGAAUUAAAGCCAAUCAUGUGAAAUCACUGUAUUUUAUAGAAGCUCUUUUAGCCUUUUUAAGCUUUGACAAAAUUAUGUAAUUACUUAAGCAACACAUCGAAGUUGCUUUUUAACAUAAUCUUAAUUAACAUAAUUUAAUUCCUUGCCAUUCACUUUAAAAUCAUGUAUUACCAAUGCAUAGUUAUUCCAGCCUGUGUUUUUAUAAAAGGGCUUUGGGUUCCAUCCUAUCUGUGGUGCCAAUGCACAAUAUGGGACUCCAUCUUGGAGUGACAUCCUUCAAGGGCUGGUACGGAACAUCUCAGGAACCCUCAGCCAGGCGUAUUUUAGCUCUUAAUGUUCUUCUCAGGCGUUCGGACUGUUCCCUUGUCUCCCUGUUACCUUGACCACUCACUGACAAGGUGCAAAUGUAUAUAGGACAAAUCCAAAUGUAGUUUAGUGGAGUGUGAGGCAGGGCUUCAUAUCUUAAAUGAAUGAGAAUCACAAUAUUUGUAUAUUAAAAGAUGCAUUUAUUUUUACGAGACUGCUUGUAUAUACCGCAGGCUUUUAUCGCAAUCAAAUUACAGAUUUUUGUGAUUCAUAUUUCUGUUCCUUUGUAUGAUGGCACCAAUUAUAUAUUUUUUAAUAUUUGUGUACGACAUGUUUUUUUUUUCUUUUCUUUUUACCAAUUGUUAACUUAAGACUUUUUUUGAUAACAGUGUAGCUAUUUGGUGUUUGCCUGUUGGGUUCUGUUAUAUUUGAACAUGAAAAUAAUAUUUCCUUGACUGGAACUUAGUUGGUUUUGUUGCAUAUUUAUUCAGUAAAUU